AUGGCGGAAAGCGAGCUGGCUCCCAAAUUCGCGCCAUUUUUUUCCUUUGCGGGAAUCGCAUCUGCAAUGAUAUUCGGGUCAAUGGGAGCGGCAUAUGGAACGGCAAAGUCUGGGAUUGGUAUCUCUGGUGUAGGAACAUUUCGGCCGGAUUUGAUCAUGAAGUCCUUGAUCCCAGUCGUCAUGUCGGGUAUCAUCGCAGUCUACGGUUUGGUCAUUGCAGUUCUCAUCGCAGGAGACAUGGCACCGCCUCCAACACAGAACAUGAGCUUGUACACAGGAUUCAUGCACCUUGCAUCCGGAUUAUCGGUUGGCCUCGCGGGCGUGGCCGCCGGAUAUACUAUCGGCAUCGUUGGUGAUGCGGGUGUUCGUGCUUACAUGCAGCAGUCCCGAGUCUAUGUCGGGAUGAUCCUUAUCCUCAUUUUUGGCGAAGUCCUCGGCCUUUAUGGCUUAAUUGUCGGUCUCAUUCUCAACUCGAAGAGCAAAUAA